AUGUUUUGGCGUUUCGGUUUCCAUAAUCCCUCAGCCAUCGACACUCUACUCGAUCGUGAAGACAUUGAGCUCGAAGAUAUUCUGGAAGAGGAAGAUCUCUUGCAAGAAGCAAAGUCGCACAACCAAAAACUCAUCGACUUCUUAUCGAAGACAGAGAACUUGAACAAGUUAUUGACUUAUAUCACGGCAACGGAUCUUGAUGAAAGCCGACGGUUCAAAUAUCCUUUCCUUGCAUGUGAAAUUAUGGCGUGCGAGAUUCCUCAGAUCGUGGAUGCCGUUGUAUUGGAGAACAAGGGGAUGCUCGAAUCUUUUUGGACCUUUUUAAAUCGUCCUGCUCCUCCUCGAAGACGCGCGGCAGAUGACUCAAAAGAACAAGACGACAAUGAUGAAGAAGCUUGUCUCGAUUCCCUUCAAGCACAGUAUUUUUGUAAGACCAUUAGCGUGUUUUUGACCAAACGGACCGGUGAAGUCCUUGAUUUCAUCAAAUCCAAGCCUGAGCACCUGGAACAGAUUCUCGGCCAUUUGCAAACAUCAGCCAUUAUGGAUCUUUUGUUGACGUUGGUGCGUGUGGAAGAAUUGUCAGAAGGAAAAGGAAUCGUACAGUGGUUGAGUGACCAUGGAUUACUCGAUAAUCUGGUGGAUAGAUUAGAUCCUUACUUGGAUAGUGAGGAACAUUCAGUAGCCCAGCAAUGCAUUUGUGAAAUCAUUCGAAUGUCUCAAACGAGCUUAAUGGAAUCACCAAGUAUCGGUUUGAACGACCUUAUCAUUGACUUGAAGAGUGAACGGGUGAUUCGUAAGUUAGCCGACUUCAUGCUUGAUUCAAAGGCGCCCAAUUCUACUUCCACGUUGAUCAACGGUGUCACCAUUGUUAUCGACUUGAUCCGCCACAACAACAGCGACAUGGAUAAUGAUCCUAUGUUGAAUGGUGCCUAUGGAUAUGGUGCAAACGCAGCCAUUAGACAAGUCUCAGUAUCCCUUGCUGAUAUGCUCAAAGUCCUAGCCGAACGUGUGGGUGAUUUUAACCAGCUGCUAAUCAAGCCUCGGUCUGUGAAUGCACCUAUGCGUACAACAUUGGGUGAGCAGAUGCCCCUUGGAUUCGAACGUCUCAAGAUCUGUGAGCUCUUUGCCGAACUUUUGCAUUGCUCCAACAUGUCCAACCUUAAUGAUGAAGAGGGUGAAGCUGAAGAAGACGAGGAUGAGAAGGAUGAGAAGGAGGAAGAAUCGCCCAAGGAAUCCGAUGCUGUCAAACCUGAGGAUAAGCAAGAAUCUGAUACGACCAAAGAUGCAGAUGGGACAACGAUUGGUGAUUACCUCAAAAUGCAAUUUGUGGAAAACCGUGUCAUGCCAACAUGUGUCGAUCUAUUCUUUGUCUUCCCAUGGAACAACUUUUUGCACUAUGUGAUUUAUGACAUGUUGCACCAGAUCUUCAAUGGCCGCAUGGAUAAGGGUUACAAUCGUAAUUUGGCAAUUUCGGUGUUCAAAGAUGGCAAAUUGACUGAUCGCAUGGUGCAAGCUCAAAAGGCAAAUGAUGAAGAAUGUGCUAAGCCGAAAGGAAUGCGUUUGGGAUACAUGGGUCAUUUGACAUUCAUUGCCGAUGAAAUCAUCAAGCUAUUUGAAGGCUAUCCUGAAGCUGUGUUGAGCCAGGUCAAAGAUGACAUCGAUUUGGAGAGUUGGAACGCAUAUUGCAACAAUGAGCUCAAGGAAACCAAGGAACGUGAUCGUUUACCUCUCGCUGGUCCCCGCCCUAAUGAUGGAUUGGAUGGUGCAGCCACUGACGAAGAAGAUGAGGAACCCAUGGAUGGUGUUACAGCAAGACAGUAUUCACGUUACUUGAGUCAACAAGAUGGUGAUCUCGACGACGAUGAAGAUGAAGAGACCGAGAAUUGGAUCACGGGACGUGAUGAUUUUGAUCGUGAAUACUCUUAUGGCACUGCUUUUGGUAUGGGUGCGAAUGAGGGUCAUAUGGGAGGUGCGCAUGACGACCUUGAUGAUGAUGAGGAAUACGGCAGUGAUGAUGAUGAGGAAUCGGGUCGUGUUCCAGCUGACUGGUCUCGAGGAUUUGCAGGAUUACCCCAAACAAGCAUGCUUCAUCGAACACAGAGCCAUAUUCGUGAUAAUGAAGAGGUGGAUGAAGAGGAUGAACAACAUGACAAAAGCGCUGCGACAACCAAGAAUACUACCACAGCUCCAGUAAACACUCAAGAAGAUGGUGAUGAUGAUGAUGAUCCUUUUGGUGAUUUUACUAGCAGCGAUUCGAAUCAGGAGUGGACAGAAGGUUUCUCAUCGCAAUUUGAGAGCAUACACAUUUCUGGUGAUGGCAACGCAUCCACCACGGCCAAGAAUGACAACAAAUCACCAGUCAAUCACGAUUACGUUCGCGCCGUCAAAACGAAAGAGGAAGAGGAUGCAAAGCUUGCCAAAGAAUAUCGCCCUGAAGAAGAACAACAAGGGGAAAUCUAG